AUGGCUAGCCAAGAAGAAGACCUAGCAGCUUUGCCAACUCCUAAAGUACCGGCACUUAGGCCGACACCUCCAGUGAAUCCCACAGAUUCACUAGCUACUGCAACCAUGAAUGAGAUGGCUCAAAAUCUCAAGCAAGGAGUGGAUCAUCCAUCCACCAAAUUCAGGGAUUUAUGUCCCUUUCCAAAUACCAGGGUACGUAAAAACUUUGAGGUACCAAAGUUCAAGAGAUACGAUGGUAAUGGGUGCCCUGUAGCACAUUUGAAAGCCCUUUAUAGGGAGCUCAACGCGAUCGCAGGGAAUGACGGAGCAUUGAUAGGACUCUUCCAAAACUCCUUUAAGGGUGACACUUUGGAUUGGUAUAUGUCACUCGACAGCCAUCAGAUUAGGACUUGGGAAAGGCUCUCCCAGGCAUUCAUUGAUCGAUUCUCUUACAAUCUGAACAUGGCUCCGAGAAGAGCAGACUUAGAUCCCUUGAGACAAAAAGCUGACGAAUUAUUGUUCGCAUAUGUGGGACGUUGGUGGGCCAUGGUUGCCAGGAUGAGAAACCCCAUCGAUGAUGAGGAACAAAUUUCUAUAAUAGUUCAUUCGGCGAAUCCGAACAUCUCCGGAUACCUAAUCUCGUACCCAUACAUGAACUUCCCUCAACUCAUCCAGGCUGGAGAAUAG